CAAAAGCGGACACAACAUGACACAACGACAAGAAAAUGACAGUAACAAACCCCCACAAGACAAAGAACGCUUCAUCACAACAUCACAUCACAUCACAACUCACACAAAACUGGAACUGGCGAACUCCUUCAUAAGUGGCAAGAAGAAGAGAUGUCACACCCUAUACGAAAGGCCGCCGAGCCUCAACACGCUGCAUCUUUUGACCCAUGGAACUCAUCGUCAACCGGCCACCAACGUCCUGAAUCAUGCCCCGGAACUGGCUGGCGCGAGUCUCGUAACCUCAAGCUCAACAGUCAAUUUCGCAGCGGCUUAUCUGGUGGAAAGCGUCUGAGCGACACAUGGGGUGCUGGCUCAGAGGAUUACGAUGUGAAGCGCAAGAUGUUGGUCCCCAAGGCCGUGAAGGAAAGGGCACAGCGGAGCGUAAAGGAUAUGCUCGUGCAACCAGGCAAGAUGCGUGAGAGUCUAGGGGUGAAGGAUGAGGUCCAAGGAAAAGGACAUGAAGCACUCAUGAAUUCAAGAAAACUGGAGGAUGAAGAGAGAAAAGCAGAGCUGUCUCGCCGACGGAUGUUUGAUGGGGUGACUGUUUACGUCAACGGGAGUUGUUUCCCUCUCGUAUCAGAUCUCAAGCUCAAGCAGCUUGUCACUGAACACGGAGGUCAGAUGUCAUUGCACCUCGGACGCCGGAAAGUCACCCAUGUCAUACUAGGAAGGUCAGCUGGACGAUACUCGGGUGCCGGUGGUGGCCUUUCUGGAGGGAAACUAGAAAAGGAGAUCAGGAGAACGGCUGGAUGUGGAGUUAAGUUUGUUGGUGCUGAAUGGAUCCUCGAAAGCCUGCAGGCUGGGAAAAGGCUACCCGAAGCACGCUUCUCCAGUACCAAGAUGGCACCCAGGGCACAGGGCAGCGUAUAUAGCCUCUUUUCGAGGCAGUUGAGUGGCCAGUCAUCCAAGGACUGAGCUGUACUCACCUAUACGCUAUGUUUUUGUUCACCGGAGUCUAGGAUAGGGGCCAUAAGAAGUUUCGGUCACAAUCUUACGCCUAUAUCUCCGGUUACGAAUGGUCAAACAUUGGAGGGUCUUUUGCUUCGAGUAAACGUUCGGUAGCGUGGGAUAGGAUAUCUGUGGUUACGAAUGCGGCUGCGAUAUAGAAUGCUGGAGUCUGUCACGCCCUCGCAGGCAACGGAGGCUCGUCUCGAACUAGCUUUCCUUCAGAAGCCAUCAAACGUUAAAUAAGGAGAAUGAGCGUCAGAACAUCGCGAGUGGCUCAUCUACCAAGUGAAAUGGACUCUGGAUGAAGAAACUAAGUCACUGUAUCUUCCAACAAUAUCAGGCCACUCGAAGUUACCAGAAAAGAUCCGGUAUUUUCAGAAAGGUCGCUCAUAUCAAACCUGCUCUAUAGGCGAGCCUUCACCAUGCCAUCCGUCUCGGUCUCUGCUCGUUCAAAGUACUCCCUGAUCCUGGCACGGGCAACAGUCAAUGUCGACACAUCUUCAAUCGUGCUAGGAACCGCAACUUCCUUGUCAAAGUCACCACGAAUGGCGUUCUCCACCAUCUCCUUGAGGACCCGUCGUAGCAUUUUGCCAGACCUUGUCUUAGGGAUCAUUCCCUUGCCCUGGAUGAUGCCGCCUAGUGAGGCUAUAGCACCCACCUGGCCACGGACUAACUGCUGUAUUUCCUUGACGACCGAUUCACUCGGCACUGCUGGAUCUGCACAGCCUUGUCCCGAAAGUGCUACGAAGGCGAAAGGAAGCUGACCCUUUAGUGAAUCCGGUACGCCUACGAUACAAACUUCAACGACACGAGGAUGGGCUGCAAUGGCCUGCUCAAUAGAUCCUACGCACUGUUAGUCCAUACUGAAGUUGGAAGAAAUUGAAACGUACCGCUUGAUAGACGAUGCGCGCUGACAUUUAAAACAUCGUCGCUGCGUGCCAUCACAUGGAUAUAACCUUGCUGGUCGAUCCAGCCCGAAUCACCGGUAUCAAGCCACUUUCCCUCGAAUCUUUUCAAGUAGCCUUUCCAAAAGCGUUCUUCAUCCUUCCACAGAGUGCGAAAUCCUGUCGGGGCGAGAGGCAUUGCCAAAACAAUAUUUCCCAUGGAUCCCCUCUUGACUUCACUGCCCUCAUCAUCCACGAUACGAACGUCAAAGCCUGGCAUUGCUUUCCCAGCACUACCAGCCUUCAGGCAAGGAGGUGGAUGUCCA